AUGUGCUGGUCGGCAAAAUCUCGAAAUCCGGGGAAGGCUGCUUACUUAACCGUUUUGGGACGAGGCUACAGACUUCCCGGAAGGGUCGUCUUCGCUCUCACAAUAAUAAAUAAAGCUGGUGGUCUUAUCUACCAAAAAGAUUUCGCGGAUGGAUUGAACAAACUUUCUAUAAAUGAUUAUCUGGUUCUUGCUGGAACAUUUCAUGGCGUCCACGCCAUUUCCACCCGUCUAAACCCCAUUCCAACCACUCACCUACCCCCAGGAUCCUCCCAUCUCCCAACAACCUCACACUCCAAAACUCUCUCCACUCUUUCCUCCCUAUCCUCAACUCCAGCUUCCGAUGAUCGGCCUGAUCCUCCCUCUGGCAUUGAAGUACUAGAAACCACUUUAUUCCGCCUCCAAUGUUUCCAAACUCUUACCGGCACGAAAUUUCUCUUAUUCACUGAACCUGGUAUGCCGAAUGUUGAGAGUAUUUUAAGAAAGAUAUAUGAAUUGUAUACGGAUUAUGUGAUGAAAAAUCCGUUUUAUCAGUUAGAGAUGCCGAUUAGGUGUGAAAGGUUUGAAAGAGGGGUGGAGAGGUGGGUUAGGGGGGUAAACAUGAGGUAG